AGGCCUGGGGUCUGAAGGAGGCGGCCGAGAAGGAGGAGGCCGCGGAGUUGGGAAAAGACAAGGCGCGCAAGUCGCAAGAGAAGGACGAGUUCGAGGUUGCCAGGGCCGCCGCCGCCAAGGCGGGGCCGAAGGUGAACCCGUUCGCGGCCAACGUGAAGGAGAAGGAGGAGCAGGACGCGGCCCGUGCUCCCGCCGCAGGUCAAGGGCAAGCAGGACGCCGCCCCCCCAGCGGAGAAGCGGGCGCGCUCGGAGGAGGCCCCUGCGGCCGCGCGGCAGCCGGGGGCGGGGGAGGCCGACGAGGCCCAGGCCGCGAGGCCGGCGCCCGGCGGGGUCGGCCUGUGCGGCUACGACUCGGACAGCUCUGAGGAGGAUUAGCAGCCUGCUCGAGCGGAUCUGUGUGCGACCAGGUAGAGGGAAGGUGCCCACCACAAACACCACCACCGCCGCC